AUGGGAAACAUAACCAAGAGGGGAAGCAGAGACUUUGCGGCUGACAGUGCCGUGUUGCUGGAGGGAAGCCUGGCCACGGCACUGCACUCGAGGCUGUAUGAGGCCAUCAUCAAGGAAGACUGCGACACAAUCAGGACACUGCUCAGAAACCACCCUGUCAACCAGCCCCUGACCCUCCUGGCCAGCUCCACCGGCUACAGAUUCCUAAGCCAGCAGACACAGCCUAUCUUUCCCAUCCAUCUGGCUGCUGAAUACCGAAAGCCACAAAGUCUGCUUUGCUUGUUACAACACGGUGCUGACCCAGAAGUAAGGGACGCCCAAGGCCUCACUACUCUUCACCUGAUGUUGCUGAACUGGCCAGUCACCUCUACCACCUGGACCAAACCCAGCACUCGGAUCCAAAAGAUCCUGACGGACAUUCAGAACAACGCUGUCUUGUGCCUGCGCAUUUUGUGUGACCACGGAGCUCAGGUCAAUGCCCGGGUAGACAACAGCAACAAGCAUUCGCCUCUCCACCUGGCAAUAACGUACGGGACCUAUCCAGUUCUCUCCUUUUUGGCUCAAAACGGUGCCCAGGUCAAUGCUAUUAAUGAGUCCAGCAUGACGCCCCUCCACAUGGCUGCAGACAUACUGAACAAAAACAUGAUUGAGACGCUCAUUGCCUGUGGGGCCAAUGUGAACUGUGCCAUCUCGUCCACAGGGAACACAGCUCUGAAGCUGGCAGUGUGUACCGCGUCGAGCAAAGCCGGCCGACUGCUGGCAGCGGGGGUGGGCUGCAUCCGUCUGCUGCUCAACCAUGGAGCCCAGGUCAACGCCCAGGACCACGAGGGCCAGACAGCUCUGCAUGAGGCAUGCUUUGGAGGCAGAGAAGUGAUCAUCAACCUCUUGCUGGAAUUUGAGGCAAACGUGAACAUUUUAACCAGAAAUGGGGAGUCUCCCAUUUACAUGUACCUUCAGCGCAGUUCCAACAUCAGAGAUGUAACGCUUCUGGCCAGGCUGCUCUACCGCACUUACCCCUUAAGACUGAGCAAUAAGCAAGGGGCUCUACCGGCAGGAAUCAUGCUGCCGGAAUUCCACCUCUUAAGGGAAACCCUCAUAAAGUUAUCAAAAAAACCUUUGACCCUAGAGGCCAUCUGUAAGAGAAACAUCAGGAAUGUUUAUGGGGAGAAGUACAAAUUCCAACUCAAGAAGCUGCUCCCUGCGAAGCUCUGGAACUCCAUAUAUGGCAUUUACGACUUCACCUACCUGUUGAAAUGAGAGCCCAUGUCCUCGGCGCCAGAGAACCUCAGCGACUCAUCUAUUUUUCCUGGCUAG